AUGCGGGGAGCCAUCGAGGACAAGCGAUCUCCGGGGGGUAUCAGGGGUGGGGGAGGAGCCAUGGACGCCGGCGGCGGCGCCGGUCCCGGGAAGCGAGGAGACGCUUGCCUGGCCGAGAUUCAGAGGCUCGAGAAAAACAGGGCCAACAGGAGGAAUCGGAUGGAGAAAGCCAGGAAGGACCGGGUGGCGGAGGAGGCACGGAACAUCGCGAACGGUAAUCCUGGCGAUGUCGACUUCAUGGGAAUGAUCCAGGCGUUUCGAGACCAGAGGGUCGGGACGUCGGUGGGGCACGCUCCCGCUCGCGAAGGGAUGAAGAUCUGCAUCGCCAUUCGGAAGCGACCGACCAACUCGAAGGAGCGGGCAAGGAAGGACCACGACGCUGUCUCGUGCUUCAACCCCGAGGUCACCGUGCACGACUGCAAGCUGCGGGUGGACGGGAUCAGCAAGUACCUGGACAGCGUCGGGUUCCGGUUCGACCACGCCUUCGGGGAAGACGUGCCCAACCAGCUGGUGUACGACUGCACGGCGAAGCCCUUGGUUCCGUUCGUGCUGAGCAGGGGGCGCGCGACGGUGUUCGCCUACGGGCAAACCGGCUCAGGGAAAACGUACACUAUGGUCGGCAUACAGAAAAACGCCACGAGUGAUCUGUUCGACCAGCUGGCGCAGCUGCCGGGCGGGGGGUCCCUCAGCGUGCACGUCAGCUUCUUCGAGAUUUACGGCGGGCGUUGCCAGGACCUGCUCAACCACCGGCAUCGAUGCGUGGUUCGGGAAGACGGGAAGGGCGAGGUGGUGAUCGCGGGUUUGCAGGAGAAGGAGGCCAUGGACGCGGAGGGGCUGGAGGAGUUCAUCGCCGACGGCAACCGCAACCGCACCACACACGCCACGGAAAGCAACGACCAGAGCUCCAGAUCCCACGCCAUCUGCCAGAUCUGCGUGCGAGACGUCUCGAAUGGCCGCUUGUACGGCAAGCUUAGCCUCAUCGACCUGGCCGGGUCGGAGAGGGGGGCGGACACCAAGAGCCACAACCGCCAGCGGAGGAUGGAGGGCGCGGAUAUCAACAAGUCUCUGCUGGCCCUCAAGGAGUGUAUCCGCGCCCUCGACAGCGACAGCGUGCACGUGCCCUACCGAGCCUCGAAGCUGACGCUGGUCCUCAAGGACAGCUUCACGCGCAAGGCGGCUCGCACCGUCAUGAUCGCCACCGUCUCGCCGGGGGCCUCCGCGGCCGACCACACCAUCAACACCCUGCGCUACGCGGACAGGGUGAAGGAGAACAAGGUGGAGCAGUUCAAGCCGGUAGCGAACGCCGGGCCCGCUGGGGCCGGGGGCGGGGGCGGCGGCCGCGCGUCCCCCAUCGACCACCCGCCACCCCCUCCCUCCUCGGUCUCACCCACGCCUUGCGCCGGUAGCGCUAGCGCUAGUGGGGCGGCGGGGUAUUCUUCGCAGUCGAAGGCGUUGGAGCGGCGACAGGCGGCUUCGGCUGGGGCCGGCGGCGGCGGUGGCGGCGGCGGCGGCGGCGGCGGCGGCGGCGGGGGGGGGUUGGGUGUGCAGCGCAACCCGUCCGAGUUUAAGUCGCCGUCCAGUCAUAAAGCCGGCGUUGGUGAUGGCGAGAUGGUGCCGGAUUCAUCCUCCCGCUGGGCGGCGGCUCAGGCUAAGGGCGGGCCGGGCGGCGGGGGUGCCCCUACUUCGGCGUCUGGGUCUGGGCUGGCCACCCCCGCGAAGAAAGUCCCCUCUCACGGAGGGGGCCGCUACCAGAGGGGAUCUUCGGCGUCGGAUGGGAAACGAUCGUCGUUGCUACAGCGUCCGACGUCAGAGUACACGCAGGAGACGAGCAACUUGCGAGGUCUCCGGGGUAAAGGGGUCGGGGUCGGUGGCGGCGGGGCAAGAGCGAUGGGCGGCGGCGGGGAGAGGGCGGAGGCGCCGACCCCCGAGAUGGCCGGGGGCGGCGGCGGGAUGGAGGGCGCGGGGUCGGACACGGCGUCUGCCGCCUCAGACAUCAACUACAUGCACGAGUCCCUCCGGCAGUACCACCCGGAGGAGGGGUGUGACGAGGAAGGGGAAGGAGGGGUAGUGGAACUCCACCACACUGUCCAGUCCCUGUUUGAGGAAGAGGAGGCGCUGCUGAACCUGCACAUGAACAUCAUCCAGGAGAACGCGGAACUACUGACGGAGGAAGGGCGGCUGCUGCAGCAGAUACAGGGGGACGACGUGAUCGACUACGACAUCGACGCCUACGCCACCCGUCUCAGCGAGAUCCUGGACCGAAAGAUGACUCUCAUGUCGUCGCUCCAGAAACACCUCCGAAACUUCAGGGGCCACCUCGAGGCGGAGGAGAAGGCGAGCGUCAAGGUUCGGGACCUGCACGUCCCUCAGUACUAGCCGGUUUGCGUGGAAGUUGCCGGUUCGGGAGUUGCACGACCGUCACUGCCGCUAGCAGCUCUCCGGUGUUGCGGCGGCAUAGAUGCCUGUUCGGGCACGUCCCCAAGUACAACGAGCAGUUGACCGGGUUUGCAUGUGGAAUAGGUGGCGGUUCGGGAGCUUCAUGUCCCUCAGAACUAGCAGCUGACUGUGCGGCCGGUUCGCGGCGGAAUAGGUACCGAUUGGUCUGCGUGUGGGUUGUUUUUGGAGGCGAAUCAGUAUUAUCCCGUGCUACAUACGGUGGUGGGCUGAUGGCCGGGGACCAGAGACGCAGAAGAGGCGACAGCGGUGGUGCCCGGCGGGUUGUUCGAGCCAAUCCUAACUGUCCACCAUCGUACGUCGGUGAUGCGUGAAGCGCUGGUGGGUUUUGCUCUUCCCAGAAAUGCCACUUCUUGUCGGCGGUCCUUUUUUUUCUGUGGAGCGUAGGUCCAGUGCUGCAGGCACUAGCCAAGAAAGUGAGACGUCAGACAAAGCAGCCGCUGUAUCUACGGAAGCGCGUGUAUAGAAAACUUGUCCUUCUUUUGUUCUUUUGUUCUUGGUGCGUGAACGUGGGGGAGGACCGGCGGCGGCGGCGGCGGCGGAUAAAAGUCUGCACUUUCCCUGCGCCAAGUACGUCCCCGCCCGCCGCGUCUUCCUUCGGCGCGUACUUGUAAGCUUCUUGGAGGGGCUUGCUGUGUGUGUGUGUGUGUGUGUGUGUGUGUCUUUUAUUGUUAGCAUCGACCGCGCUAACCGGCUGACCAAUGAAAAGGCGUCAGUCUUAGUGCGGUUGAAAACACAAAACACUUCUAUCUGCUAUGAACUGUGUGUGUGCGCGACGUGACUUGUCUAUUUCGUGGCGUGUGCUCGGGCAGGAGGACAGGGUCAGCUGGCGAUUCUUUAUUUUUUUCGUCGGUUCCGAGCCUUGUAGCACAUCGUUCCGUAUCGGCCGCAUGCAAGAGGGGGAAGCUGAAAGUGCCGCGGGUGCCCAACGCCCCAUUGCAUGCGUUAGAUUAUAGUCUAUUGUUUGUUUGGAUUCGGUAGUAUAAUGCCUGAUAAUUUGACGUUAGUGGUUUCGACGAACUUGUCCUCGUCUGUGACUCUGCUCACUUUUUGCGGCCGCAGCUGAGGGGGAGGUCUCUUGGAUGCAUGCACGACUGCUCGGUGCGGGGUGCUGAUGCCGUUGCUAUCGCUGUUUGUUGUUACUACGGUUGUUGUUGAUGAUGAUGAUGUUGACGUCGUUCGAGCGUAUGCACCACGUUGGUUGACGUACGUCAUCAGCUGAAUCUAGUUGUAGUACCUCGUCCUGCUGUUCUUUGCUCUUGUGGCGUCUGUGUGGCCCGCUACCAUUGAGCGAUUUCUGUGGUCGGCGUAGAGGAAGGGGUUGGCAUGAGGCCGCGGAUUGGAUGUUUUUUGUUUUGCGGGGGGGAGGAGGUGCUGUGCGUCACAGUGUUUCUGUUUUUUUUUUUUUUCCCGUUCUCCCGGCCCGGUGUGAACAAAAACAGCGGAAAUGUCGGCGAGUUGGGGAGGCGUUGGAAAAUGGGGAUUCUGGCAUGUCUACAGCUUAACGUUCUGUCGGGUAGUUUGUUUGGUUUUCGGUCUGAUUUGUCGCGCGUGCAGCGUUUCUUAUAUUCUCCUCUAUUGAUGACACACUAGUAUUAUCACAGUUACAGGGAGAGAAACCGGACUUUAGUGCUUUCGAUAGGAGAUUUGUCCAGCUGGCUCUUAUCGCAGGCAUUGAACGCUUUGCGAUCAGAACGGCUGUGGUUGUGCUGGCCGGUUGCGCUGGUAUGCCUGCCAAAGUCAAAGUUUUUUUCCCGCGCCGUUUUCGUUUCUGCGGACGUCGUUGCGUUACGUUUUUGCGAGCUAGCUCACCCCUUCGGGUGCCUUCGCUAGGUGUUCUGCCCUGUGCUUGUACCUCUUUUGGAACAACAGCAGCAGUGCUGUACCCGUUCCGCGUGGCAACAGACACUCCGCAGAGGGAGUGCGCUCAAGCGCAUAGACUUGUGAGCAAACGCUCGACCGUCAGAGUGAAAGCGCUGCAGCUGCUGCCUGCGGGCUUUUUGGUUGGUGCCAUCGACGGGACCUGUGUAGUCGGUCUCGGCCUAGAAAGAAGUGCGCCCUUUGGGCAUGAAUGUGAGUCUUGGACUGGUGUGACUUCUUGGACAUAGCAUUGUUUGGGGCGACGGGUGCGUAGUGCGCAGGUUAACCGAUUUGUUGGGGUUACGGUUGAUGAUGGGCUCCGCCGCCAGAUUUUCGAGGGGGGCUUCGACAACACCUACGUGUGGUAGUUGAGAAGAAGGUCGAGUUUUUUUUUCUUCAAGGUUCACGAUGCGGAGUGACAAAUGGAUGACGAUUUGGCGCUCGCUUGUCUUCAUCGUGCGCUCGCGUUGCUUGCGUGCAGCACGCGAGGUGUCGAGUGAUGGGCGUCCCGGUUUUGUCUUUUGAUAACGCUCCUGCUCUUAACCUUUGUAAGGGCCUUUAUUGUCUCUUGGGCUUGUUGUAGUUUUGGUGUCGCUGCUGCUGCUGCUGCUGCUGCUGCUGCUUUCGUUGCAUGUGGGCAUGAAGAACCUUGCGAUUUUUCCUACAAACCUCUGCUGUGCGGCAGCCGGGCUUUCGGCUUUCCGGGACGCGCAUGGUGGACGGAAACUUGUGCUUUACUGCACAUGGAUGGUAUCGCACAAGCAACCACCUCUCUUUGUUUCGCUAAUUUAUCUCGUUAGUGAUUGCGGUGGUGGUCGGCGGACAACAAAGAAAGUUGCUAUUCGGGACGUCGAUCAGCGACACCCACCUCUUUGGAUAGUGGUGCUGACCUAUGGCAGCAGGCAUGGACGUGUGCGUCAUGGAAGAACUACAGUAGUAGGCGUGUUGUAGAAGCGUGUUUCACCCCCUGGAUGAGGGAGGCGCAAAAAUAUAUGUAUGGCAGGCGUGUAUUUCAACCACCAGGUUGGCGUAU